UACUACAGCAACGUCACCCUCAACGACCCCUGCGCCUCCAGCCCCAAUGAGAACAUGUGCCCCCUUGCACGCCCCCCGCUCCCAUACAACAUGCCGCUGGCCUACGUGUUCAGCGUUGGGGUCUCCUUCCUCGUCACCUGCGUCCUGCUGGUGUACAGCAUGUCCCGCUCCUUCCGGGAGAGCUACCGCGUCGGCAGGUCUGCCAGGGACCUGGCCGUCAAAGUCUUCUCUGCCUGGGACUUCAAGGUGAUCCAGAGGCACUCAGUGAAGCUGCAGCAUGAGAACAUCCACACCCAGCUGAAGGAGCUGCUCGUGGAGCAUCGGUCCCGCUCCCGCUCCCUGAGCGUCUGCCAGUACCUGAGACGCAGCGCUGCGCUUCUCCUAGCCUGGGCCUUCUCCCUGAGCACAGUGCUGGGCUGCGUGCUGGCUGUGCACCGCUUCUCGGAGUACAUGCACGGGAUGGUGGUCCUCGGCCUGCUCUGCUACCAGUGGUUGAGCCGGAGAGUUGUCUGCUCGACGGAGGAGUGCUGGGAGACGUGUGUGGGGCAGGAGCUGUACCGCUUCGUGGUGAUGGACUUCAUAUUCACCCUGCUGGACACGCUCUUUGGGGAGCUGGUCUGGAGGCUGAUCUUGGAGAAGAGGCUGAAGAGGAACCAGAAGCCCGAGUUUGACAUCGCCCGAAAUGUGCUGGAGCUGAUCUACGGGCAAACCCUGACCUGGUGAGAUGCCACCUUACCUGGCGUGGCUCUGCUGGCGAAUGCCUCGUGGUCCCCUGUGAGCCCCACCAGCCUGAUGCAGAACUGCCAGUCCCCCAGCAAGCCUUGGCAAGCAUCUCACAUGAGCACCAUCUUCAUCACCCUGCUGUGCUUCCCGUCCUUCCUGGGCGCAGCUGUCUUCCUCUCCUACACCAUCUGGUCGGUGCGGCCAUCGGAAACCUGUGGUCCCUUCCAGGGGCUGGAAACCAUCUACAAGUCAGGAAAGACCUGGUUGCAAGUGCUGGAGAAGUCCAACCCAAACAUCACCUGGUUUGCCUGGGUCCACCAGCAUCUGGUGGAGAACACCUUCCUCCUGUUCCUCAUGUCCGGGCUCCUGCUAGCCAUGAUCUACUUGAACAUCCAGGUGGUGAGAGGCCAGCAGAGGAUCAUCUACCUGCUGAAGGAGCAGAUUGCCAACGAAGGAGAAGAUAAAAUAUUUCUCAUUCAGAAGCUUCACUCCAUUUACAAGCAGAGAGAGAGCAGCGCCUGA